AUGCGGGAAGGCUACGCGCAAUACAUCCUUCGCUUUGGGUCCGCAGGGCGACGUAACCGGUGCGUAAGACCUCGCUGGUGCCGUCGCAGGGGUCCAGCAGAUAAGGCUGCGAGCGUCUGGACCUCACCCCCGCCCCCCCCCCUGGCCAGUGGCCCCCCCGCCCCCCUGCCUCCGCCGCGAUUGAUAUAUUACACGGACACGCGUAUCGAC